CUUCUAUGAGUUUUUCUGUUCUUUUAUACUGGCAAACGCUUGAGAUUAUCUCUCUAUACAACCAGUGGCUCUCGGAGCUCGGUGUCAGAGGCAGGUGAGAUGUCCGGAGAAGGGGCUUUGUUGGAGGAGGAAAUCAGAAAUGACUCGUUUAUCGUUUUCGAUCACGAGUCCGAGGUCCAAAAGCUUCGCGGACGAUGGGAGUUAGCUUCUGUUCUCAAUUUCUUAAGCGUUUUUGAGCCAGUCCUUGGAAAUGACUUCAAUCUAACGGCAGAGGAGAUUGAGAUGGGUCUUAUUGAGGCUAAUAAUUCAAAUACUCAGCUUCAUAUAGCACUUCUGAAGGGAAUCCCGCCAGUUAGUAAAACUCUGGAUCGUCCAGAUGUUUGGGUGACUGUCCUUUGUAAGAAACUUUCUGAGUGGUGGCCAUGGGUUGCUUAUGGGGAUAUUCCAUUAACUGCGGGCAAUGGAGAGGAAGUAUAUAAGUACAGAGAACUUGAUCCAACAUGUCGCUUGCUAAUCCUAAAAGCACUAUGUGAAAUCCGAGUUGAUCAAGAUGAUACCGUGUCAUAUAUCAAUGACAGCCUGAAGCAGAAAACCAAACUUCCAUCUUUUCGCAAAGAGAAGCUUGGGGAGCAUGCAAAUGGAACUUCAUACUGGUAUGAUGGAAAUGCGAUCCUAGGUUAUAGAUUGUACAAAGAAAUCAGCAAAAUGAAUUCAUUGAGAAAAAUGAGGGGGAAAGCAUGUUCAAAUUUACCUGUUAUCUAUUCCCACUGGGAAACAGUUGCAACUAAUCUUGAAGAAUUUCAAAAAGUUUCUACUGAAUUAUUAUCCAGCAAAGCCUUUUUAGAAAUUGCUAUCGGCAAGACUGUUGAGACUGAUGCAAUUCCUGUUGUUAAGAACUUUCAGAAGAAGAAAGAGAGGGCAUUGAAACGGAAGAAAAGGGAAGAGAUGCUCCUAAGUGAUUUAAGAAAUUCCUCUGGUGCUGUUAGGACUACUCGUUCUUGUCGCAGUCGUAGGCCCAUCAGUUACACAUUUGAUGAGUAUGAUCGGGCUAUCAAUGAGGCUAUACAGCUAAGAAAGGAAACGAGUACUGAAGAAAAGCAGAAAUGGUACUUUUGAUCAUGAAGACGUGGCGACAGAUU